AUGAAGCUCUCCCUUCUCUUCGCAAGCACCGUCUCGGGCGCCGCCCUCAUCAGCAGCGGCCGCGGCUACGGCACCUACUACUACGACGUUGAGCAGCUGCAGGCGUGCAACUCGGACUUCCACAAGGACAACCAGGGCCCCGUCAUGUGCUCCUUCACGGACUUCCUGCCGCUCAACGACGUGCGCUCAAACUACCUCGUGGCCAUGAACAACACCCAGCUCCGGGGCCACCUGGACAAGUACUGCGGCAAGCGCGUCGUGGUGACGGUCAACGGCGUCCGGAGCCCGCUGCCGUUCUUCAUCGGCGACGGCUGCGAGCGCUGCGGCAUCGGACACCCGGACGGGGGGUGGAAUUCCGAGGGCGCCCCGGGCCUGGACUUUAGCUACACCGGCCUGAGCGAGUUGGGGCCGCAGGCCUGCGCGGCGGGCCACAUCGAUCUGAGCUGGGAGAUUGUGGACGAGAACCUGUACCAUUUUAAGACGGGGUAG